AGUCCGCACUGGAGGAUGCGACCAAUCACCACAGUCCUUCGGCCCGGCCCCACCCCCUUGCAGCUGGCCACGCCCCUGCCCUGCAGGUUCGUCGCCUUUCUGCCGAGCUCGCCUCGCUAGUGGUGGCGGGUGUGCGGAGGAAGGGAGGUGGCUUGGACGCUUCGUCGCAUCGCGGCGGAUUUCAGCCCGAUUGCUCUGCCCUGGGCCGCUGGGGUGAAUGGGGCCGCUGGGGUGAAUGGGGUUGAGGCGUGUCUCCUUUUGCGUAGGGUCGCCGGGGAAUUGCCCUUGUCGGCGCAGGGGAAUUUUUUUAGUUGAGGAGGAGGAGGAGGAGAUAAAACCGUGUUUUGUUUUGUGUUUAAACAACGGGGGAAUUUAGCAGGAAGCAAAAGAGCUGUACUUGUUCCCGUGGAGUCGGAAGCAAGAGGCGUUGCCGUGUUAGUUUGUUAAUGGCACAAACGAAACGAAGCUUGUGGCUCUUUAAAGACUAAAUGAGUCUAUUAUGACAAUGUCAUAAGGUAGCUGAUUUCUGCUAAUUUCUGGAUGGGGAUCUCAAAUCUAUAAGUGGACAGGAAACAAAAAGUUCAGCGUGCAGAAUGAUUGCUGGGAAAUGUGCAUAUUUCAUAUUUUUUGGAUUAAUUCUCAUCAGCUUUAAAAUGAUUAUGUCAGCUAACACAGGCUUCUCUGUGACCAUUUAUGAUGUGUCAUCAAGAAGUGUUUAUCUUCAAUGGCCCAAAUUUCCAGGAGCCUCUUCUUAUAGGGCCAUGGCAACUCCUAUGAAUGCAGUGGGGCACUCUGUCUCCAUCCAUUUCAGUGAUGUCACAGUUGUAGGUACUCUAGCCCCACUGUCCCCCAACAGUGUCUAUAAUGUAAGAGUGGAUGCCAUUGACAAGAAUGGCAUUACCCUCGCUGAAGCACAGACCAUGCAGUUAACAGCUCCUGAGAUCCCUGCUAUUGAACAAGCUUAUUCAAAACUGAGUAACAGUAUCACAGUGGAAUGGGCAGCUGUCACAGGAGCAUCCAGUUACUUGCUGACAGCACGGGAUGGAGAGUCAUUCAUUGAAACAAUAGUCACAAAUUCUCCAGGCACUGUCACAGGGUUGAAGGCUGCUACACUGUAUAAAAUCACCAUCCAAUCCAUAAAUGCUGGAGGAAGAAGCCAGCCUUCACCUUCAAAGAAGGCAAAGACAGUGCUGGCUGCACCAAUUGUCAUGGCAAGUUCCCCGAGUUACAACAACAUUGUGGUGAGCUGGAGAGUGGUAUAUAUGGCUGUUGGAUUCUUUGUGUCCAUCAUGAGAUCAGAUGGUCUGGGCAACAUGCUGAAAGAAAACACCACCAACACCUCCUUGAUAUUUUCUAAUUUAGAUUCAGGAACUCUCUAUACCAUCAAGGCCCAUGCUUGGGAUGUCAACUGGAUUCCCGGGGAUGACUUCACAUACAACCAAAGAACAAGACCUCAGGCACCAGCAGAUGUUCAACUGGCUUUUGACAGUGGAGCACUGAGAGCUACUAUUUCGUGCACACCAACAGAAGGAGCAUCUAGUUACAUCAUGGCAGCCCAUAGUGGUACCACCAAGCUGAACUGUAGUACAACCUCCAGUUCUUGCAUUAUACCAUCACUUGACUGUGGGGCCCAAUAUUCCUUGUCUGUCGUAGCAAGGAAUGAGGCUGGAUCAAGCACACCUACAGAGCCUGUGUCUUUCAAAACUAUCCCUUGUGCUCCAGAAAGUAUAACGAUUGAAGAAGAUGAGCCAGGCAAUUUGGCAGUGUCAUGGUCAGAUGUAAACCUAGGCGAUUAUUAUGUGGUCUUUGUGAAAAGUGACGAUGGCUUGGAGGUACACUGCAACACAUCACAGACCCAGUGUCACUUCCAAUCAGACUGCGGUUUCACGUAUUUCAUUAGCGUCUUUGCCUAUAACAAGGCAGGGCAGAGCCCCUUAGGUGACAUAUUUAACUAUACCACUGCACCUUGCUGUCCCAGUGACUUUAACCCAGUGUUUGUGUCCAGUGACACUAUUCAGAUUGUCUGGUCUCCUGUCCGUGGUGCUGAAAUGUAUGAAACAAAAGCUGUUGAUUGGACCAGUGAGCUGCUAUGCAAUGACACUGCUACAGUUUGUACCUUGUCUGCACUGCAGUGCAACACCCAGUUCAAUGUCACUGUCUAUUCAUUCAGUGAAAUUAGGGGCAGCAACACAUCAUGUGCAUCUAAACAUGUGGCAACAGCUCCAUGCAGUCCAGAAAUAAUAAACAUCUCAAAAGAUGCUCUUUCUGUAAUUAGUGUGCACUGGCAUGCCAAUAAUGAUGAUGCAACAUAUACCGUCACUGUCAAAGGAGAAGCAGGAAUGUGGCAUUGCACAAGCUCUGGAAAUUCGUGCACUAUCCAGAAUCUCCCAUGUGGAUCGUUAUUCUCUAUCAGCGUAGUAGCAAGUACAGAAGCAGGACACAGCUUGCCUAGUUACAGUGUCCCUUUAGAGACAGCUCCUUGCUGCCCAGCUGAUCUUACAGUAACUCAAAUAACACAGUCUGUAACAAACAUCACCUGGUCUAUUGGGACUGGUGCAAAGACAUACAUAGCAAUUUUGGAAUCACACAAAGGACAGGCCAGGUGUCACACACUACAAAACUAUUGCCUCCUGGGAUGUAUUACAUGUGGAAUCAACUACACAGUGUCUGUGAGAGCAAUCAGUGAAACGGGUUUAAUAUCAGAUUGUAUCAUCAGAGGAUUUCCUUCUAGUGCCUGCUGCCCAUCUGGAGUUAAAUUAUAUAGACUGGGUAACAAUGGCAUACGAAUAUACUGGCGGGCUUCUGACAGGUCAAUAAAUUAUUGUACAGAUCUCUAUGGCUCAAAGGGAAAUUUCACUUGUACACCUAAUGCAGCUCUGAAUUACUGUGAUGUCACCGAGAUACCCUGUGGGGAUGUCUAUACUGUUGUCGUGUCACCUGUAACUGAUAAAGGAACAAAACUUACAUUUUGUCCUAAGAAAAUCUAUUCAGUGACUUGUUCUGGAAGUUCAGUAGGAAUGGUGAUUUACAGAGGAAAGAGAAGUGCAGAACAUCACCAAGUGCUACAAGAAAAAGCAGACUGAAACAAGCAAGUAAGAAUGUCAGAGCAUUAUUUCAGUCAACAUUGUUUGGACUGGAGUCUAAUGUAAUCAUUAAAACUUUUCGUCAUGUGGCUUCUGCACCACUGUGUUCACUCUGGUUAGUUUCUCUGUCAUAUGACUGCUGAAGCAGUCAAAGCAGUGACUUGUCAUUGCAGCUAAAAUAUGAUCCUAUUCCUAGCCAAUUAAAUAGUCUUUUCUUUUUGUCUGUUAUUAUUAGGUCCCCAUGCUUGUACUGGUUACUACAGUAUCCACUAGUCAGUUCAUGGUGCCUUAUACAUUUCUACCAUGUUCUAAUAAUCAGGAUAUUUUGUCAACUGAGCAUGCAUAUAAAAUUCCUUCAAUAUUUCUCCCCACUCAGUGAUUAUGAGAUUUUUAUACGACAGCAAUGUCAGCUUUCAAGACAAAGCUUCUGGAAAGUAGUAAAAUGAAAGGGGACCACCACUUAGCCAUACUAUAUGAUAAAAAAACAGAUCUUACUGU